AUGUCUUGGUUUAUCAUUGGUAUAUCCAUUCUGUGGGCUGAAUUUUUCAAAUUUUCCCAAGCUUUAGAAGUUAUCGUCGUGGAUUUUAAGAACCCUUAUGAAUACAUAGAAAACCUUCCAUAUGAAAUCUUUGUACCUGAAAUAUUUCAAAACUUUAACUCAUCAGUAGAAUUACACAUUUGCAGCUUCUCAGCCCUUAAAAAUUGCAUUUUACAGCAUCCAAAGUCUUUACUCCUAUUAGAUCUCUCCACAAAUCUCAUUAUCCAACAAUCAAUUUCUCGGGUGCAGGUCAAAUGACUUUGCCUUUUUUGAUAAGUCCAUUUCACCGAAAAAUUUUUGGCCAAAAAUUGAUUGAAAAUUUUUGAUAGUGAGACAUUUGACCGAAAAAAACCGUUAAUUUUUCGGCCAAAUGUCGCACUAUCAAAAAUUUCGACCAAAUGGAUUUCGAUGAAAUGCACACUGUCAAAAUCCCGCUGUCAUUUGAUAUGGAGCCCAAUUUCUCAAUUAUGCAUUGAUUUUUCCUUAUUCCAUCUAGUCUAUCAGUCUCACUCCAAAUACCUUGAACCAUCAACCUAUUCGUUAUCCCCUUCUCCUUCAUCAGAAAUUACCGCAUUUUUCUCUUUAUUGAGCUAUCUUAAUUGAGAUCAAGGAGCAGUUUUUAUGGACAAGGGAAAAUACAACCAGAAAGCUGAAUAUUUAAAUUAUUCAGCGUAUUUUGACUAUUUUACAAUAGCAUCAUUGUCUGAUAUAGAAAUUUCCCAUAGAUGGCGCUGUUUGCCCUUGAUUUGCCCACUAGGGAAAUUUUUGGUUCGACCAGUACCAUAUGGUUUGGUCAAACCAAAAAAUUUUUCCUCAUGAGCAAAUCAAGGGCAAACAGCUCCAUCUAUGGGAAAUUUCUAUAUUAAAGAUUUAGUCAAUGGGGUGGUUGUAAGAGCUGGGAUCGCAUUUUACUAUUUUUUUGUUAAUAAUGAAAUAUCAAUAGAUUUACAAAACUCAUUGAAAAACGCAAAAUUAUUGACAAAUGGAAGUGGGAUUGUGCUGAGCCAAGAAAGUGGGUAUGGUUGCACCAUAGAUGGAGCAAUAAUAAUAACAGAAAUUGGCCACGAAUACGAUACUUCAAUAGUAGAUUAUUUAAAAACUUCAAUUGAAGAGCUCAUAUUUAGUAUAUUAUCAUUAGAAGAUGUCAGAGAUAUCAAGGCAAUUCUAGACACAAAAAUGCCAAACCAUUAUAGCCCGCCUAGUUAUUCAAUAGUAAAUAUACAAAAUGGAAAUAGGAUUAUUGCUGGCUCAAUUUUUAAUAAAAAUUUGGCUAUUUUUGGCAAACUUACCUUUUUAGGACAAUCAACCAUAAUCCCUAAGUCCAGUAAAAAGAUUUUGCCUAUAAGUAUAAAUGCAGGAAUCACAAAUCCUGGCUCAGCAGAUACCGAUGCAGGCUUACAAAGUUCAUGAGGAGCCAAUAUAUGUAUUGAUAAGAUUAAUGAAGGACACGAUAUUUUAUCACAUUUUCAGCUACAAAUGUUUAACUUUGACUGUGGGGUCACUAUUUAUGAUAAAUCUUACCUUAAAUCCUGCUUUACAAAAGAUAUAGACAAGCUGGGUCUUGCCCAUUUAGCAGCUUAUGGCUCUUCUGUUACAAUUGGCUCACAGUUAUUUUUUAAAGAAAUAAAUAUAACGGUACCGUCUGUGGGGUCUGUAAACGGUAGCCCUUUAUUAAGCUCAACUAAAGAUUAUCCUAUGUACGUCCGAAUGGUUUCACCUGUAGCUUUUAACGUCUGCAUACUAUUUUUAAGAGCUAUGGGAUGAAAAAAAGCUGCUAUUAUAUAUGAAAACGGCUCUUGAGGGUUUUGGACUUACAGUUUAAUGAAGACAGCUGCAGAAAGUAUAGGGAUCGAGCUGAUAAAUCCAGAAAAUACAAGGGCAAUCCCACCAGAUCUAGACAGAGAAGCCACUAAAAGCUAUAAAAACUUAUUCCAAGGGAUCGUCAAUUCUAAAGCAAGGCUAUUGAUUAUGGUCUUGCAGUGUCCUUUGUGCAACUAUGCACUAGAAUCACUAUAUGAUUUAGGAUUAAGAAAAGGCGACUUAUAUGUUUUUGCAGGGACUUGGGAUCCAUUAGACUUUAUUUCUGAUAAUGAUGGCUAUGCACAUAAAAGAUUAGAAAUCGGCGUUUCUAUGACAAGAGUCGUUUAUCCUGCCUGGGUUGGAGAAAUAGGGAAGAACAUAUAUAAUGACUAUUGGAAAAAAUAUAAUAUCACGGCAAACUUUGAUUCUUGUUCAUAUUUUGAUGGAGCUUAUAUUAUUGCUACUGCUUUAGAUUAUAUAUAUUUUAAAUAAAUAAUAAUAUUAUCAGAAAAAAAGUUAAUUAUGUAAGCAUUUAUGAUGAAAAAGGUUUAUGAUAAAUAGAGGCCAUGAUUAUACUGACCCAUAUCAGCUGAUGUCUACCAUAAGAGUGAUAAAAUCUAAUGGAUGCACAGGCCCUAUCUCUAUUGACCCAGGAAGCAAUGACAGAGUUUUUCAACUCUACCCAAUACAAGCUGUCAAGCUUAAUUCCAACAGUACUUCAGAAGUUUAUGAAGUAGGCUACCUAGAGCCAUAUAGCACACAAAUAUUAUCCAUUACAAAUCCUUUAAUUUACCCAGAUGGAUCUUCGACUAAGCCAAGCGACAUCCGAAACAUAAACGGUAAAUGCCCAUUUCCUGACCGAGAAAUCCAAACUUUUGCCAAAGGAAGAGGGCUUAUGUUUGGCUUCUGCUUUUUGGUCUUCGCGAUUACCUCUAUAAUAACUUUUAUUAUAUGGCAAAAAUGGUGGAAUAUAUCUGUAGAAAUUCUUGAAGAAAAAAAAGAAAUAUCCACAGACGAUUUUAUUGUGGGGGCAACAAUACCUAUAGAGUUCUUCCAAUUUGUCUCAAUGGGGCCUAAUUUUUCUGUAUUCGGCUCAAUCCUGUCAAAUUUAAGCAGCAUGUCCACAAUUGAACUAGAAGACGUAAUUAAGCUACAAAAUGGGGUGUUCUGGAUUAUUACUGAUAUUGUACUAGUUUGCAUUGCAAUAUGGGCAGUUCUUUGUGUAAUAGUUUUAUUAAGACUGCAUGAAAGGUGAGAAGAACUGUGGAUUUUUAGAAAUUUAGGAGUGAUAGCGGAAUAUUUGAUGCCUGUGCUUGGAAAUAUUUGCUUUAUGCCGUUUAUAUCGAUAUGUCUUGACGUGUUUUUGUGUGAUAAGUCUAUUGGUGAAGACUUUACAGACAGUUUUUUAGUAAAAGAUUGCUAUACUUUUUGUUGAAAAGGGGAACAUUUGAUGUAUGCGAUUAUUUCAUUUGUAGCCAUUUUAGUAUAUGAGCCUCUUGCUGUGUUUUUUAGGCCGCUCUGACAGGAACUGCAGCAAAAUUUGCAUGUAAAAGCAGUGCCUGGAUAUUUGAUGGUAAAAUCAGUCGCACAGACAAUAUUGAUAGUAUUAGCAAAAACACUUAAAAGAUCAAGCGAUAUUAGUCAUGGGGUAGCGUUUGUUAUACUUAUGAUGACGUAUAUCGCAAUCAUUUCAAGGAUUAAGUCAUAUAACUAUGAUAGAUUUAAUUUGUGGCAAUUUUUAAGUCUGAUUGCAGUUGUUUGGCUUGCUUUGCUGUCUACGUUUUAUAUAGGGUUUGGUGGGAAUUCUAUAGUAUUUCUAGCUGCUUUAGGAGCUGGAUGGCUGGUGAUUGCUCUAGCUGGAUUUUAUCUGCAGUUUAAAAAAUACCCAAGUUUGCUCUAUAGAAAAAAAGGUAAAAAUAUCCAUGGAUUAUUUAAAUUUGCUUUUACAUUACAUUAUGUAGACGGGCUCGCGCCCUUAAUUUUAACGCAAUCUAUAAGAUCCCUUGUGAGAUUCAACCGCUUUACGACUUUCCUUCCCUCGGGUCUCCUCCUUGUCUCUUGUAAAAGACUCCAGUAUUGAGUGGGCAGACUACUUGUGCGGCCUCCUGAGGCUGAGGGAAUACGAAGUUGGCAUUCCGAAAUUCCAAAAAAUGGAAUUUCUAGUAGCCUGUCGGCAAAAGGGUGAAGUCCAGAUCCUGGGACGUAGCGCCCAGUUUCACGCUAGGCAGUUGUCCGAUUGGUCUAGAUAUUACCUGUAGUCCUUGCUGGGCUUGCCCUUUCCAAAUCUGAACCUUCCUUUCCUUUCGAGGUAUAAACCAGUCUCGAAGUUGGACUUGGGCUAGGCUUUGCCUCCUGCAGAAUUGAAACCAUAGCAUUGCUUUCCUUUUCAAGGCUGGAAAAAACCUUGCCGAUAUAAUUAAUAUAUGAGUCAAGGAGGCAUGGCCGUGAGGCCAUACCUAGACGAAGACGCCAUAUUUUAAUAAUAAAUUUUCUUUUACAAUAAGAAGCACAAUAUAUAUGAUUGAUGAAGACGCAUAA